AGAUAGCAAGUUAACUAUGGUCAUUCCGUCUUUACAGCUAUAUCUCGUGUAUGCUACAUAUAGUUUGGCAGAUUCUUUUGAGGAUGACAAGGCCAAAAUUCUCAUGAUACUGUGUGCGAGCCCGGAUCCUAAAGAGCUCCACAAAACCAUCUCUACUCUAGAGUAUGGAGCCAAAGCGAAAUGUAUUGUCCGUGGCCCUCAUACGCCGUUGAAAGAGAAAGGCGCAGAAGAUUCCUCAUCCGCAGUUGUUCUGGUGUCGAGAAUUGCAGCUAUGGAUCAGUUCAUUUGCAAGCUGCAAAUGGAGAACAAACUCAAAGAGAAAGAGUGUAAUGAAGCAAAGAGAAAGAUUAUGAAGAAAGAAGAAGAAAUUGCUACACUAAGGUCUAAGCAUGAAUUAGCAGUAGUACAAGGGGGAGUGGAGAAAACUGAUGAGGAUAUCAUUGUUAAAGUUAACGAGCGAACUCUGAUGUUGAAACAUGAAUUCGAAAAGAAGAUACAACAAUGUCAGAAAACGGCAAAUGAAUUUGUAGAGAUGGAAAGGAGGAAGAUGGAAGAAAGAAUGUUCGAACAGCAACAAGAGUUUGAAAUGCUCAGGAGGCGCUUGGAGGAGAUUGAGGCUGAGCUUUGGCAUUCAAGGGUUGAUGACAACAGAUCGACAGAAGUGGAGGAGGAGAAUAGUUUCGCGAAAACGCUGCUGGAUAUUUACUCUGAAGACGCAGGAAUGGUGAAAUCUAUGGACUUGGACAGAUCUAUUGACAUGGACUCAGGAAAGCGGGACACAGUGGUCUAUAAUCCAAGAGAAGUUGAAGAUCCUUCUAUCUUAUUGCAACAUUUUACCAACAAAUCGUGUUUGUACACUGUGUUCGAGGAUGAAGAAGAAGAUGAAAGCGACGUUAGUGAGGGGGACAAAGAGAAUCCUCAUGUUGAGGAGGUGCAAAAAGAGGUUAUUGAGGAAAAGACAAUAUGUUCUGAUGAUCUUUCUAGUGAUGCAGCCCCGUCGAGAAAAGAGCUAAUUCAGAAUAUAUUCAAACUUUGUGGAAAUUCUAGAGAACUUUCUCAGCAGUGUAGAACACCGUUUCCUGCAGAAAAGAAAGUUAAAGGCGCUCAAUCGAAAUCACCUCCAGUUAAGGAAAUUGGAGAGGAUUCACCUUUAAGAAAAUGUCAUAAUGAUUCAAAGGAGAACUUCAACCCGACAUUUGAAAGCAUAGGCGCUGCUGAUCUGGAAGUGCAUGUGAAAUGGGAAGCUGCGUCGUUAAAGGAAAAUCCUGAGUUAAUCACCACACUAAAGGUUGUUAAAGGUUCAACUUUAGCUGAUUUGCGCAAGCUGAUUGAGAUAUAUCUUGGUGCUGACAAUCAAGAACUCAAUUUCCUGGAUAUGUCUGGUGCUCCAGUGCCCAAAGAACAGGAGGCAAUCACACCAGUAAGUGAGCUGCCGAGGUUCAAUAACCAGUCGAAUGGACACCUAGCUUGUUUGCAGUCAGUGAAGGGAACCGAGCGGCUCAGUUACCUGCCAUUUACUCCAUUGGAAAAUAAGCUUCCAUUUACUUUAAAGUCACAUGGUAUAGAGGCAGGUAUUUGAUUUUUGCCUAAAGUAGGCGAGCCACCGGAGUUUCCCUUUGUCGUCACUAUCAAAAGAUAUCUCAGUGACUAAUUAGUUGAUAUGGUUGUAUAAAUUUGUGAGCAUAUAAGUGAUCUUAUGCUCAAAUAUAUGUGUUGUUUUGCUCUGAAGUACACUUACAAGAUUGUGCAUGUAAGUAUUUGGUUUUACUAUGGAGUAAACCUGUAAUCAUAUGCUCAAAUAUAUGAUUUGUUUU